AAAAGCGCCGGGGAGGGCGCUCAUUGUGCGGAGGGAUCUGAUACGGACUACACCCAGCCGCUGCCUCACUGCCCUGGCUUUCUUUGCUGCCCCAGCCUUGACGUCGGUGAACGUCGAAGUGCGGGUUACAUUGGAGACUCUAGAUUUGUCUGUAGGCUUUUCUCCGAAUCGGGCGUCUCUUGUUCUCGCACCGUUUCUUCCAAAACUGUAGACAUUUUUUUUGUAAAGCAUCAAUUUUCUUGAACAUGUCUUGGGAAAGCUACGUGGAGAACCUGAUGGCCGAUGGCAGCUGUCAGGAUAGCGCCAUUGUUGGGUAUACGGACGCCAAAUAUGUUUGGGCAGCACAUCAGGGUGGUAUGUUCAACAAUAUCACGUCUCAAGAAAUCGACGUCAUUGUUGGUAAGGACAGGGAGACCUUUUACACCUCUGGUCUCACUCUGGGCUCAAAGAAGUGUUCGGUCCUCAGAGACAGCAUGCAGGCUGAUGGGGACUGGACGAUGGACAUAAGGACAAAGAGCCAAGGAGGAGAACCUACAUACAAUAUCAGUGUGGGAAAGGCUGGAAAAGUUUUGGUUCUUGUAAUGGGAAAAGAAGGGGUCCAUGGAGGCGGAUUGAAUAAGAAGGCUUUCUCAAUGGCAAAAUAUUUGAGGGAUUCAGGGUUUUAAUGUUUUUCAAGCUCACUUAGAUAAAAUGAGGGACAAGAAAGAAGAGAAAAGAAAAUAUUGCUGUUAAGAUUUCUCCUGCAAGCAGUCAAAUGUCUUGGAAACUUAAUAGCAAUGAAGAGUGGUAAGAUACUGUGUCACCUUUGUUCCCCCCUCUCCUAUAGGAGGGGGAGACUCUUCAGUUUUGUUCAUUUCUCUUUUUUUCCUUGUGCUCCAGUAAUGGUUUUUGUCAUGGGAAAGGAUGCAGUCCAUGGUGGUAUCCUCAACUCGAAAGCACAUAAAAUGGCUCGAUACCUGAGGGAGGCUGGAUAUUGAGCAACCUCUACACCCAUCCAUCAACUUGUUCGCUCGCUCCCACUCACCGCAUUGUGUUGACACUACUUCAAGGACUAAAUGGCAUACAAUGUUACUUCCUCCCCAAUCUACUAUUAUACACAGCCCUUUUUCUUUUUGUUCAACCCACACACUCCCAUUUUUUUUAAACCUUCCCCACUUUGACAUUGUACUUCCAUGUAGACACUAAAUUAUUAGCAUGUUAAUUGAAAUGUUGAUUAACCAAAAGCGUGCAAAAAUGUUUUGCACCCCCCCCCCCCAAAGUGUAAUAAAAAUGAAACUGGAAAUUUGACUCAACUUGUGUAACAUUAAGGGGUUAAUAAUCCAAGGGGAAGUACACAUGUAAUGGUGGUGACAGUUUGCAUAGAUAUGCUUUGUGAGCAUUAUUAAAAGAUGCCAGUCUUGAGGUUGCAUUUUUUUCAUCAGCAUGUGGGCAUUUAAAAGUUGCAUGCAUACUGUGUUUAGCAUACAAGCCCCACCCCCUCCCGCUCUCUGUCCUUGCAUAAUAUUCCAGCCAAAACCAUCUUCUCACCUCCAUUGUUUUCAAGCCUCCAUUUAAAAAAGAAAAAAAAAAGAAGAAGAAAAAAAAAAGAAAUUUCCUCUGACAAAGUCCUGUAUGUGUACUGAUCCCCCUACCCUCCAGCCCAACUUUUUUCUCUCCCUCCAUCAUGUGUUUUUGCUCUUGUACCUGAAUGUGGUCUUAAGAAGUUAAUGGUGUGGUGACGGGCUGUUGUUUGAGUGUUGUUUAAGGUCAUCAUCAAGUUGUUGUUAUGAGACUUGGACACAUCCGGGAGUCUCAGUGGACAUUCCACAUCUGUGACAGCUCAUUCGACUUCUGCUGUUUGUAUAAUCUUCUGAAAAUCACAACCCUCAUGUUAUAUGUAGUGACCCUCCCCCUGAUCCUGCCCCUCCCCUUUGGACCAACUGUCAAUACAAGAGGAUGAUCAGAACUACUUUGGUUUGUUCUGAUUGUUGGCAUUGCCUGUUGACUGUAAACCAUUAAGACAACUUGAGAUGACUGUAAAACAUGUAACUGCUUCCUUAGACUUCAGCACUACUUAAACCUUUUAACACUAAUCGAUUUGUUGCUAACUUCAUGUCCAUUAACCAACGAAACGGCAAUGUCAUUUUACUACAGUAUGAAUGCAUUUUGACUGUAAACCCAGGCUGUUGGCCUCCAACACCUUGGACAUUAUUUGCCUUGUGCUUUAGUCAUCAAAGGUGUAUUCACAAAUUGUCAUAGUACGGUACUUAGAAGUAUAUAUAAAAGAAAAAAAACGAUGCUGUGUACACUAAACAUAUUGAAAAUGGUGUUGGUUGGAAUAAGAACAUUUGUAAGUUGUCUUGUGAAAAUUUUCUGAGAAUAACUGUGUAUUCUGUGCCAUAAAAUCAAACUGAUCUGUUGCUACUAUGAGUUGGAUUUUUAACUGCUACCCUGGCAAGAAGUAACUUUUAAUGGCACUUCCCGAAGGGAUAUUUUGGCAUCAGUAAUCUCCAGACUUUGUGGGAUAUGUACAGAAUUAAACAACAGAAAAAAGCCGUUUGAGAUAUUUUGUCUUUUUUUUUUUUUAAAGUUGGAAAUUCCCUCUGCCACAAAAUCUGCUCUUUCAAAUGCCAUGAAUUGAUGAGACAUCUUGUUUACAGACAGAUCAAAUAAAAGUUAUUCCAACCAUA